CAAAUCUCUGAAUUUGCUUGCUGUUGUAAAUUAGAAUUAGAAUAUUGAAAUAAAAUUCUAAAGAAGGACUUUACCUGUUAUUACCGUAGUAAUAAAAUCUGGGUAUUAUGGCUUCGCCCCUGGAGCAAUUUGUUAAUAAUGUUAGAACAUCAUCAGCUGCAGGUCAUUUUAGAGAUCUCCUAGAAUUAAUAGGAAAGUCAGAUGAAGUCCUACAAAGGAAUGCAGCUCACCUUAACACAGUGUUGGAGACCCUUAACGUUCAGCAGCAUUCUCUUGGUGUGUUGGCUGUUCUUGUCGCUAAAUAUUCCAAUCCACAGGGAACAAAUGAAGUGGAUAAAACAAAUAUGUACUCAAAGAUUCAUGACUUUAUUACAAAUUGUAACGGUGAACAAGUACGCUUAGCGCCUGAUUUGUAUGCGGAGCUGUGCCAUCAACUAACAAAACAUCUUAUUGAAAUUAAACAGCCAAUUAGGGGUAUAGAAUUAUUGAAAAAGGCCAUCAAGAAAAUACAGAUGUUUGAUUCUCAAUUAACUUCAGUGCAUGCGGAUCUGUGCAAAUUGUGCCUGUUGUCUAAAUGCAUGAAGCCAGCUCUUGAAUUUCUAGAAACUGAUAUUACAGGAAUCGGAUCAGAGCUCGGCGGUAACAAUGAUUCAAAGCAUUUUCUGCUUUAUUAUUACUAUGGAGGUAUGAUCUAUGCUGCAAUGAAGAAUUAUGACCGUGCUUUGUACUUCUUUGAAGUAGUUGUUACAGUUCCUGCGUUAGUUGUUUCACAUAUAAUGCUUGAGGCAUACAAGAAGUACAUUUUAAUCUCAUUGAUUUUACAUGGAAAGAUGCUGACAAUGCCUAAAUAUACAUCCCAAGUUGUGUGUAGAUUCCUGAAGCCGCUGUCAGUGGCAUAUCAUGAACUGUCCACCAGCGAACAUGCCGCAGUAAAACACAGGGAGACAUUCGUACGAGAUAAGAAUAUGGGUUUAGUUAAUCAGGUGCUAAACUCAAUGUAUAAGAAAAACAUACAAAGACUGACUAAAACUUUCUUAACAUUAUCCCUAAGCGAUGUCGCGUCCCGCGUACAGCUGACUGGGCCUGCGCAGGCCGAGUCUUAUAUACUGAACAUGAUAGAGGAGGGCGAGAUCUACGCGAUGGUGAACCAGAAGGACGGCAUGGUGGUGUUCCUGGAGAGCCCGGAGAAGUUCGCGUCGCCGCAGACGCUGUGCGUGCUGGAGCAGCAGAUGGCGGCCUGCACCAAGCUGCACCACUACAUACAGGAGAUGGACCAGCAGAUACAAGUCAACCCUCAGUACGUAAAGAAGUCAGCAGGGAGUCACGACGAAGACAUGCCAGCGACAAGCCAGAAUUCAAAAACAACAUAUUCAAUGUAAAUAACAAUAUAUUUCCAAAACAAGUGUAACAAUUUAGUACAUUAAAGCAUCUCAUAUA